AUUUAUUUUCUGUGCAGACGGUGUGUUGAUUUUAGGUUAGAUUGUGUAAAAAAUCUGAAUUGAAGGCAAAGACUAGUUGGGCUAUGACAAUAGGUUAUUACAAUAAAUACAAGUUUGAAAAUGAAAAUUACAGAGACUGAAGAGAAAGAGACAAAAACUGUCCCCAGAGGCCUGCCUAAGUCUGGAAGAAUAUGGAAAAGUCAGAAAACGAAAUUCUCUACAAACACCAAAAGUAAAGGUUUGAAAAGUUCAUUUGAAAAUAAAGAGAAAUUAAGAAAAGAUCUGCUGGCUAUUAAAGAAUUGUCAAGGUCCAUAAAAGCAGCUAAGGAAGAAGAGCAAAAAAUGAAGAAAGAACGUAGAAAAGAAAAUCUGAAAAAGCAGGAAGAAAAUAGGAAAAAAUCAGAAGUUGUCCAAGUAAUCACAAACACAGCCAAGAUUAAGAAAAUGAAGAAAAAACAUUUGCGACAAAUUGAGAAGAGAGAUACAACAAAUAUGUAAAAAAUGUUCGUUACUUUUAUAUGCUAUUAUAUGUUUAAGUUAU